AUGGGGGGAGACGCAGCAACCCGCCCUAGGCGGGGAGCAGCAGGGGCAGCAGCAACAGCAGCAGCAGCAGCGGCUCUUUUGCUGCUCUUUAGCAGCAGCAACAGCAGCAGCGGCAGCAGCAGCAGCAUCUUGUUCUGCGCAGCAGCAACAGAGGGCUCUAUGGACCUUCCUUAUAUGGGUAUGCCUCAGGGUCCUACCCCUUUUCCUCCGUCGGGUGUAAGCGAUCAGCUGUCUAACUUUUUAUCUGCUGCAGUACCCUUUGUAUCUCGUAUUCUUUCAAGCUCAUCUGAAGAUGGUGAAGGUGGUGGUGGAGAUGCAGCAGCAGCAGCAGCAGCAGCAGCAGCAGGUCCUUUGGGGGCUCUUAUCGACCUCGGAAAGAAAGCAGCAUCAGCCUUAACAACUUCACCUGUAUCAAACGAUACGAGAGAAGGUAUAUGGGUGCCUCUUCAUGCAAAAUUAGGCUCUGCAAGAGAUAUGCUGGGCCUGCCUGGCGAUGAUGCUCAGGGUGUACGCAGCGCAGCACGAUUGCUGCUAGCAGCACAGCUACCUAUUGCUCGUUUUGCUGCUGAAAGAGAAGCAUGCACAGAUGAAGAAGAAGAUAUGAGAGCUCUUAAAAUCGUUAAUGAAUACCCUACUACAAAACCGAUGCUUGCGGAGUAUUUAGAGCAGCCUCCGGAUAGAAAUAUUCGUGCUGCACCUGCAGACUUAGCUCGAAUGUAUGAUUUUAUGAAGGAAAUAUUAAAAGCUUUUCGCUCUUCAGUAGCUGCAGGUGUGCUGCCUGCCUCUAUGCUGGGGACGUUAGACAGCGUAAGUGCUGAUCUUGCGGUGAAGGCAAACGGAUAUGUAGCUACAGUUGCAAGGCUGCUGCAGCUAUUCGCUCUGCAGCUGGAUGCCUGUCGGCACCUCUGGCGUUUUCUUGCUUUUGUUGCACCCUAUGAAACAGCAGCAGCAGCAGCAUCAACACCUUUUAAUUUUAAGCAUCCUCUAUCUCCUGGGGGUGCAGCAGCAGCAGCAACAGCAGCAGCAAAUGCAGCAGCUAAUGCUGCAACAAAUACAGCAUCAACUACACCAAUGACACCAACAGGAGCAGCAGCAGGAGCAGCAGCAGCAGCAGCAAGAAACCCAUAUGGGGUUUCUUCUCCUAUACCUGCUUCUUUAUCUAUGCAUGAAGGAGAGGUGCAUGUCGGGGCUUUGCAUGCAUUAGCUCAAGGCUGCUUAGCAGCAACCUCUUUAGCUUUUCAGAAAGAUUAUGCUGAAGCUGAAGACAAAGUAGAGUUAGGAGAGACCCCAGCAAAUGCGUUUCAUCUGCUCAAAGGACAGAGCGACCAUGUUGGUGCAGGUGAUGCUGCUGCAGCAGACACCAGCAGCAGCAGCAGCAGCAGCAGCAGCGCCAAUGACUACAACCACCAGCAAGAGACAGCCAAGGCUUCACGCAGACUCAGGGCAAUCAACAGAAAUCAGCAGAGUGCUUCUGCUGCUGCUAAAGCCCCUGAUGCUGCUGCUGCUGCUGCUGCUGCUGCGCCAGCAAAGGGAGAUGCUGGAGCAGCAGGCACCCCACAAGCAGCACCACCAGCAGCAGCAGCACCAGCAGCGGCAGGCGGUAAAUCUAAUAGCCCCAGUACAUCUGCAGAUGCAGCAGCAGCAGCAACACCAGGUGGUGCUGCAGCAGCAACAACACCAGGUGGUGCAGCAGCAGCAACAACACCAGGUGGUGCAGCAGCAGCAGCAGCAUCAGAUGCAGCAGCAGGAGCAGCAAACACCCCUGAUGAUAGUGAAAGACGAUAG